AUGGAGGCAAGCAGUAAAUCCAGCAGUCAGCAGAUUCUAUGGAAAGAUGUUGAGGUGGGAAAAGAGAAGAAGGCCAAGUACCACACCUACCAGAGAGCGGCUCUGGUUCUGGUUCUGGUCUUCCUCGUUUUGGCUCUCUGUGUUCUCAGCCUGAGAUAUCUGUGGAGCCCCAGUCUGGGGAAGGUUUAUGACCACCACUACAAAGCUGUGUUGGAUGGCGUAGAGAGAGACGGUAUGAUGGAGAUUGACCCAGGUCAGCGCAUUGAGAUCUUCAGAAUGGGAAACGGCAGCGAGGAAGUACUUGAAGUGCACGACUUCAAGAAUGGAAUCACUGGGAUCCGGUUUGCCGAACAUCAGAGGUGUUACAUCAGGACCCAAACUAGGAAACUACCCUCAAUGGCAGAGGUGGAAGCUGGGGACACAGAGUUACUGGUGGAUGAGACCGAGGCCAUGGAUAUGAAAGUGGAAGACUCCCAAGUGUGGGUUCCAGCCGAGGAGCCCAUCGUUAACCCGGCCUUCCUCUUCGACUCCAAGAUCUGGGAGAUUUGCCAGGAACUGCCCAUCCACUGGAUCCAUCCCUCCCCUCUGAGCGACGCUGAGGUGGGAAAUGAGGACACACCCGACGCAGAGGUCACAGGUCAGCGUUUCACCCGGGACGUCCUGGACCACCCUGCUGUAAACGACUAUAGAGACGCUGGAAUUGAGCUGGAUAACCGUCUGGAUGACCAGGGCUACUGCUGCCAGCACUGUCGCCGUGGUUACCGCUACUGCCGCCGCUACCACGAGCCCCUGGGUGGCUUCAACCCGUGGCCGUACUACUACCAAGGAGGCCGGGUCAUCUGUCAGAUUGUCAUGCCGUGCAACUGGUGGAUCGCCCGCAUGCUCGGAAGGAUCUGAGGAGAACGCGUGCCAUCUGUGAUUUAAAGUGCUUACGUUGUUUUAGGUUCAAAUUCCCCUUUUGAUAAAUAUUACAGAUCACUUGUGAGACCAAAGCAGACCAUUGCACACAUUUAUUAUCCAAUAUAACAUUUGGCCCACCGCUUUAGUAAGUUUAAACAGUCUAAAUGGCAUUUGAAUCAUUCUGCUUCUUUCUUACAGCUGUCUAAUUUCUAUGCUUAUCUACCCAUUUAGUAUUCUUGCUAUUUAAUUCUGUCGAGUGGGUGCAAUUGUGUUUGAAAGCUGUCACCAGAAAUUAAUCUGCUCGCAAAAAAAAAAUACUUCAGCACUGUCUGUCCUGACUUUGUCGUGCAUUCAUAUUUCCUUUUUUACUUUAAAAUACUUGUUUUACUAAUACUGCAAUGUAUGAACAUGUACAUACAGUGUACCAAUAUAUGCAACAGUCCAUUUAACUAAGUAUAUGUUUUGUUUUUUUAUCAUUGCUUGAGCAGAUACAAGCCUUUCCAUAUUCACAUGCAAUUUGAACACUAUACGUAUGGAAUGUAUUUAAAUUAAGAUGAAAUGAGGGAAAUAAACAAAUAAGCAAAGACAACAAGAAUUAGAGGAAGCUUUCCUUACUGGCUUUAUGUAUCAUUAUACAUGAUACAUCAUUAUAAUUCUUGUAUCUUGUGUUUUUAAUACCAUGUUAUACUAAGGAGGUGCAGUAUAAUUGUAGAGACCUCAGCUGUCUGUGUGAUUUAGUUGCUGUUGUCUUGUGCGACAUUGUUUUCCCUCUUGUUGCAAUCCACAAAAUGCUUUAAAUAGUUCUACUCUUCAAACAGUUUCUUCUUUGCUGAGGCGAUUUUAAUCUGUAACACCACAUCUCAAUCUGUCGAGCUGAAAUAACUCUCAUCUGCAAGUAACAGAUAAGCAGGCAAGAUAGACAUUUGCAAUUGAUGUUCUGUCAUCAGAAUAACAAGGUGCAUAAAUGCCCAAGAGUAUUCAAGCAAUGUUAGAUAUUCAAAAGUUAAACAGAGAGACACAAAUGGAGCACUCAUGUUGUCAUAGUUUGCUUUGAAGCCUUCUGUGUGUUUCUGUCCCUUUCCUGGUUUCUUCCAAUUAAAAUUCCAUUGUAUGAA